AGAGUAGGCCUUUUUCUCGUACGACGCGGACGCAAAAUUGAGUGUUGUUUGUAACAGAAGACCAGCGCACGACGGCUAGCGAGGAGAGUAUGUACUGUGCGGCGGGAGAGAUUACAGUGUUUGGUGACCAGGCCAUCAUCAUCGCAUCAGAAGAAUGAAGGCAAAAAUAUGAGGGAGAGAAAAACAACAGUAAUAUAACAUUUUUUUUUCGGUGAAAUUAUUAUCAAAAUCUAUAUUUACUGUGGGUUCAAUCGUGCGGUUUUCGCUGGCUUGUUGCGGUGCGACGCGCGGAAGCGGACAAGUUCCCGUAGUGAUUAGAACCGAUUGCGACGUCGGGAGUGUUUUCGAAGUUGUUUUUCCGGACUGGUUACGGAUUGUGCGACGCGUGUUUUUUUUGGGAUCUUUUUUUUUGUUAUGGGUGGAAUUUCCUGAACAGGAAGCAUAUGUGUGAAUCUUGUGUGUGAGACGGUCGAGAGUUGCUUCCUGACGCGUCGAAAUUGAGAAGAAGUGCUGUGUGGUGCUCUGCCACCAUCGUCUUUGAUCCAAAACCCCACUAAACUCAUUAAGACUUGAGAAAUCCUCAGUUCCUCAUCGCGCUCGGGAAGGAUUAUUCCAACGGAAGGCGGAAGAGACACCAACGCGACCGCACUUCUCGAACUGAGUCCCGCGUCUCACACCGCAAGACGACGACAGGAAGGGCGGCCAAAGGAUAUUGCGUCGUAUCAAGAAUUUGUGAGCCACCGUCGUCGUCGCCGCUGUGCUGUGCUGCGAGAUUGGCAAGUGCGAGGAGGAGCGCCAGCCAGCCAGCCAGAGCCAGAGCCAGGCCAUGUAGAGCCGACAGUCGAAUCGUAGUAGUGGCCCUCGCGAGCGUUCGUCAGUCGUUUGUCGUCCGUCGACCGGACCGGAGAAGCGGAGAAAAAGAGUACAACCAGUGCCAGUCAGUGUUGUGUACGAAGGAAGAGUUUGUUGUGAGAGCGCAAACACUACUCCGGCCAGUGAAGCGGUGUGUGUCCGCGGGUGUUGUCUGUGUAGGUGAUUUAGGAUUCGAGGGUGCCGUCACACGGGGAAGAUCCGGUACGACGACACGCGCGCGCGGAAAAGUGCGGAACGUCCAAAUAUUUUGGUGUAUUGUGGGUACACAGAACGAGAAACGUGCGUAGUGCAAUCGCUUCCCAAAGAAGAGUAGGCCGUGUUUUUCUACGCUUCGCGCGGCUGCCCGACGGCCUACUGCGUUUUACUGAAAAAAAAUAUUUCUGUAUUCUAUCUAUGAAGUGUUCUACCGAGAAGAAAAAAGUAAAAGUGCCAGUGAAAUUAGCAAUCGCAAGUAAAUGGAGCAAGCUACCGCGAAAUGUAGCAAUCUGAUGGUGUAUAGUUCCUUCGGAGAUUGAAGAAAGCCAGUGGCCAACGACCACAGCGCGUGCAUGUAUGUGUGCUUGUUGAACGUGGUGCAUUCCGGAGAAUGCGAAACGGCCGAAAAUAUGGGGAAGAAAGUGGUGACGAUCAGCAUCAUGAGUGGCAACAAUAGCCAAAGUGAAGAAGAGUUCCUUGGGCGCCAAUGGGGUAGUGUGGCUACGGUGGCUAGCAGCUGCCGCCGAAAAGGCAAUGUAGAAAUUUCCUCCGCACCGUCGAGAACGUUGACGAGUAGACGGUGCAGUUACAACUAUAACAACAACAACAACAACAGCGAAAGUGCAAAUGAAGAAUUAGUGCAACCACCGCCGGGGUGUAAAGUGGUGCAGUCCCCGGAGGAAGCGUUCCCUACUUCGGCCGGGUUGAACAACCUGCUGAAGCAGUUGGCGACCAAGCACAAGCAAAAGUGCAGGACAGAGCGGCGCCGCCGCCUCUGUCCGGGUGGAGUUGAAUCAAGUGAAGAGGGCGAAGAAAAGGAAAAUGAAGAUUUUAGUGGUGCAGGAGAGGCAAGGGAAGUGAAGAAGUGUGACCGGCUGGGGGGCUCGGCGGAUGCUAAGUGGUGUUGCAGCGGCAAAAGGAGCAGCUUGGUAGCGGAGGCAGUGGCAGGAUCGGUCGUUCUGCGGCCUGCCAAGUUGGCCUGGCUGGCCAUGAUUAGUUUGCUGUUGUUUAGCAUUCUGGUCGUGCCGGUGGCCGUUGUGCAGGGGGAUGAAAUCAAGGCCGGUCAGGUGGGGCCACCUAGGAAAGGAGGCGUGUGCGGCAGCGUCGACGUCCGUAACUCGCCGACCCACCUUGACCGGCUCAAGGACUGCGUGGUGGUCGAGGGCUUCGUGCACAUUCUCCUCAUCGACAAGUACAAGGACGAAGACUUCCAGAACUAUACCUUCCCCCUGCUAACGGAGAUCACCGAGUACCUGCUGCUGUUCCGCAUCAACGGGCUAAAAACUCUGCGGCGACUCUUUCCGAACUUGGCCGUCAUACGGGGGGAUGUCCUGGUCGGUGACUACGCCAUGGUCGUCUACGAACUGAUGCACAUCGAGGAAAUUGGCCUAUUCUCGCUGGUGGACAUCACCCGUGGCGGCGUUCGGAUCGAGAAGAAUCCGAAGCUCUGCUUCACAAACAGCAUCGACUGGAACGCGAUAACAAUGAAAGGAUCCAACAACUACAUAAAGGACAAUCAAAAGGAGAACGCUUGUGCAAUCUGCCCAACGGACAAGUGUCCUGUUGCCACGACCAAGGGUGGCCAAAAGCGAGGACUGUGCUGGAACGUCAAUCACUGCCAAUUCAUAUGCCCUUCGAAUUGUUCGAAGUCCUGUACCAGCACAGGCGAAUGCUGCGACAAAUCGUGCCUCGGCGAGUGCACUCUGCAGAACAAAAAAUCCAUCUGCUCGGUGUGUAGCGAGUUGAGCAUCGAACCGGCCGGCAAUCGGCAAUGCGUCAGCAAGUGCCCGCCCAACAUGUUCCGGUACCACACCCGUUGUGUGACCCGGGAGGAGUGCUACGCCAUGAAGAAACCGAUCUCGCUGGACUCGAAUCCGGACCUGCCGGAGGAGCCGUUCAUCCCGCACAACGGUUCCUGCCUGAUGGAGUGCCCCCUGGACCACGAGUUGAUCACCGAGCUGAACAAAACACGCUGGUGCCGGAAGUGUUUGGGAACGUGUCCGAAGCGUUGCGAGGGGUCGAACAUCGAUAACAUUCAGAGCGCCCAGCUGCUGAAGGGAUGCGAAAUCAUCGAUGGUUCGCUGGAGAUACAGCUUCGGAGUCGCGGCGGAGAAAACAUCGUGAAAGAAUUGGAGAACUUCUUGAGCAGUAUCACCGAGAUCAAGGGUCACCUAAAAGUCGUCCGUUCAUACCCCCUGCUCUCGUUGGGUUUCCUCAAGAAGCUCAAAAUCAUCCACGGCAAAGGCAGCAAAGUCUCGAACUCCAGUCUCUACGUAGUGGAGAAUCAGAAUCUGCAGGAGCUGUUCGACCACAACGUCACGAUAGGUGAAGGAAAGCUGUUUUUCUUCAACAACCCGAUGCUGUGUACCGAUCGGAUCAAGGCGAUCAAGAAGUACAACCCGGGCGUCGAGAUCGAAAACGAAAGCCAGUUGGAGUCGAACAACGGUGACCGGGCGGCCUGCUCGAUCACCGAGCUUGAAGUGAGUCUCAAGUCAGUGGGAUCGGAAACGGCUAUCAUUCAGUGGGCGCCAUUCACCGAGCUGUCGGACGCGCGGAUGCUUCUAGGUUACGUCAUCUACUACAUCGAAGCACCCACCGAUAACGUGACGUUCUUUGACGGACGGGAUGCGUGCAACACCGAGGGCUGGCGCCUGGACGAUAUCAGCGACUUUAAUAUGGACCAGGAAACGCCAAAGAUACUGACUCAGCUGAAGCCGUACACGCAGUAUGCAUAUUACGUCAAAACGUACACCCUGGGAUCGGAGGGUCUCGGCGGGCAGAGUAAGAUUCAAUAUUUCACGACUUCACCGGGAACGCCAUCCGUCGUUAGGGAAGUUGAAGUAGUUGUUGUUAACAAUCAACUGACCGUCAAAUGGUUACCACCGUUGAAGAUGAAUGGACGCCUCAGCGAAUAUGAAGUUUUCAUUGAACUGAACGCCGACGACAAUGAACAGCUAAAACUGCGAGACUACUGCGAAGAGGACAAAUUGCGUGAAAAUGUGCCGGAAACGCCCACCAGUGCCCCACCACCAAAGCCGUCGAUUUGUACCGACGACCAGUGCCGGAACUACUGUAAGGCUCCCACGAGCGGUAGUAGCACGGGCAGUAUCGACGUUACCGAUAAGGAGAACCAGAUCACCUUCGAGGACCAGCUGCACAAUUACGUUUACAUCAAAAACCCACUUCUACGAGGCGGCGAGAAAUCGUCCCGGCGCAAACGUAGCGAAAACAGCAUCCUCUUCCCGAACAACACGGAAAACAAGAAGAACGACACCACCGACCGGCGCACGGAGAAGGUUCCCCACGAGCCGUACUACCGGUACAUCUUCAACACGACCAACGAAACCCAAAUCACGUUCCCGUUGAACCACUUCAACCACUACUCGCUGUAUGUGUUCAAGAUUCGCGCCUGCCGGCACCCGGGGGAACCACCGCCCAACGUCAAGAUGGUGGACAUCGAGCUGGCGUGCGGCACCGACGUGAUUCAGAACUUUCGCACCCCCAAGAAGGAAAGGGCGGACGACAUCCCGCCGGAGUCGAUUUUGGUCGAGGAGCAGUCGAACAACACGCAGCGGCAGAUCCGGGUGCAGUGGAAGGAACCGAGUAGACCGAACGGGCCAAUUGUCAAGUUCGUGGUUAAGUACCAGCGGGUGGAUCUGGAAUCCGUGUCGUCCACCGAUAUCUGCAUUCGGUAUUCGUAUUUCAAUCUCAGUGGAGGAACGCUUCUGACCAAGUUGGAACCGGGCAACUAUAGCAUCCGCGUGAUGGCCGCUACCAUUGCCGGCGAUGGUACUCCAUCGGCCCCGCGAUACGUUCUGCUUAAGAAGGAUGACUCCGACAGCGGUACGAUUAUUUGGGUGUCAAUUUUGGUCGUGGCAUUGCUUAUCUGCUUCGGAUUAGUCGCGUUCUACGUGUACAAGUAUAGUAGCCUCAUGUCGAAACAGAUCCGAAUGUACCCGGAGGUGAAUCCGGAUUAUGCUGGCGUGAUGUAUAAAGUUGACGAUUGGGAGGUGGAGCGGCAUAACAUCGUUCAGCUGGAAGAACUCGGCCAGGGUUCGUUCGGUAUGGUCUACAAGGGCAUUCUGACUAACCUGCGCGGUGAGAAGGUCCACAUAUCGUGCGCCAUCAAAACGGUCAACGAGAACGCCACGGCUCGCGAGAAGGACAGCUUCCUGUUGGAGGCUUCGGUUAUGAAACAAUUUCACACACAUCACGUCGUUCGGUUGCUGGGUGUUGUGUCGCAGGGCGACCCAACGCUGGUUAUCAUGGAGCUAAUGGCCAACGGGGAUUUGAAGAGUUUCCUCCGGCGGCAUCGACCGGAUUACGAAAAUGGCAGCCAGCCGUCGCCGCAGCCGCCAACGUUGCGGCAGAUUCUGCAGAUGGCGACCGAAAUCGCCGACGGUAUGGCGUAUCUCGCGGCGAAGAAGUUCGUCCACCGAGAUUUGGCCGCCCGCAACUGUAUGGUUUCGUCCAAUAUGACCGUAAAGAUUGGAGACUUCGGCAUGACCCGAGAUAUCUACGAAACGGACUACUACCGAAAGGGCACCAAAGGAUUCCUCCCGGUGCGAUGGAUGGCUCCGGAAAGCUUAAAAGAUGGUGUCUUCAGCAGUAGUAGCGACAUUUUCAGCUACGGUGUAGUCAUUUGGGAAAUGGCAACUCUUGCAUCACAACCAUACCAGGGUCUCACGAACGACCAAGUGCUCCGGUACGUCAUAGAAGGGGGCGUCAUGGAACGGCCGGAGAACUGUCCCGACAAACUUUACGAACUGAUGCGGCGGUGUUGGCAGCAUCGACCGACCGCUCGCCCCACCUUCAUGGAGAUCAUCUCCAUGCUGCUGCCGGACACCACCCCCGAGUUCGCUGAGGUGUCCUUCUACCACUCCCAGGAGGCCCAGGAUUUGGCCCGCGGUCAACACCAAACCGUACUCAUGGACGAUGUUACCACGCCGCUCCACCCGAACGGUGACCACGACGAGGAGGAGGACGACGAAGAGGACGACCUGGUUGAUCGGGACGAUGGCGAGGCACACAUCGGUGACGUUGGCACGGACGAUGAGUACUCGAUGGAGAUGACCAACAGCCAUCUGGUGCGGAACAAUGGCCCGAUGCCCACGAUCCGUUCGCCCCACUCGCCACUAAGUGACCAACUUGGUAACCGAUUGAUCUGUGAUUCAUUAGCCAUAUCAUAUCAUAGUAGAGAUAUUGAUGAUACCAUAGCCGAAGAAGAGGAACCCCUGGACGAGGACGAAGACGAGGAUGUUGAUGGGAAUGAUGACGAAGACAGGGUGGAGUUCUUACCCACCGAUAUCGAGAGCGGAACAGCAAGGUCAGUAACAAUGGUAGGAGGAGGAGGAGGAGGUAGUGUGGGGGCUCGGGAUAGCCGCAGUGCCAGCCGAUUUCGGGCGCUGGAUUCGCGUGGCAAAUCGCGAAGCGUCAGCCCCGGUAUCCACGGCAGUAGAAGCAGGAGAAGUGGCAGCGAGGAAGGCGUCAUCCAAGGGCAUGACUACGUGAACAGUGCUCCCGGCGGUGGGGCCAUGCUCGGCGGGUCUGCGCUGGUCAUUCCACCGCCACCGCAGCAACAGUACAGAAAGAAACAGUCCAUCAAUAGACAGCAGCCGCUGAUCCAUUUCGACUCGGAUCCCUACGGAAAGGAGUUCGAUGCGAUCAGUACCGAUAGAAGCAGACUUUCGGCCACAGGCAGUAGAACCAACGGACGCGUCGACCCCCCAAACAGGCAGCAGCAGCAACAAGCUGCGGAAGUUACGAAAGAGUCCAUUGUUCCGGUACGAGCCAGGAACGGAUUCGUGAGUAGCCGCGGCGUCGCUGCUGCUUGGUCCCCUUCAGUGGGACCUUCGGGUGAAGUAUAAAUGGGGGAAGGUAGGACGCGGUUCGCCAGGAAACCCAAAUACAGGUAGAUAAUAGCAAACCACUAUCACACAUAAACAGAAGUUCCGGGUGCUCACCGGAAGGUGGCGCGCACCCUGAGCGCAAGGUAAACUACAGUUCCAAUACAGAGCUUCGAAUUGACGCUCUCAAGCUGAAUUAAUACAGGCUAGCCUUAGGCACACUCGCAUUGAUGCGCCAUAUAAGUCAGAGGACAGCGGAAGCGGAAAUGGAAACAAGAGUAUUUAAAAUGGGAAUGAAAAUCCGUUUUUAAUCAAUUUAGAAGUUUUAGAAAGCAUCGAACAUAACUGAUACAAACACACAUUCAUAUAAGAGAAAAAGUCACUUCAGCAUCUAAGGAGAAGCAAAAUAGCACACCAACACGAACACCACAUACACACACAUACACUUGUACGUUAGAUCACAGGAAAGCCUCCGUUGGUCGUCAUUUUGUUCAAUUUGUUUUAAGAUUGAUUCGUAAUUUAGGAUUAUUAUGAAACGCAGCGCAAUAUCAUACAACUACAAAUGCAUACACACACGCAACUCGUAAACACAUUCGACCAAAAGAGGCUAAAACAAACCAUGAAUUCACUAGAGAAACAAACCCUUGAGAACCUACUGAUUCUCGCUGCUUUAAAGCCCUCCCCCUAGCAUUCUGUCCCCUUCCUACCUUUAUGUAAAAUGAGAAACAAAGAGAGAGAGUGAGAAACGGUUAACCGUGAAGUCGGUGCAACGCUUCUUUUGAAAUUCAACAAAUCCCCAUGUUCCCUCGCUGAAAUUAAACUCCUUGUAUUUAUUUGAGCAACGACGGUACAGAAUGAAAGUCCUACUCAAGUUGCGAUCACAGUGCCGUGAAACGAUGUUAAGUAAUUUUCAUACAACCAGCCACAAUAUUCAAUAGUUUAGAAAAAAAAAGAAAAAGCAAACCACACCCACAGACUGACAGACAGCUAGAGCAAUAAUAUAUUGUGUAUUGUAUACAUUUGUUUAUUUUCCUAUUUGUUUUUUUUUAAUAACGAUAAUUUCCAUCCCACCAACACAAAGGCAACCGGCAGAAGCGCAAAACCAGUUGAGAAUAAGUGCUAGGAAAAUCACAAAAACAAUUAUUUUUUUGAGUCACUAAGGGAGACGUAUUCCAUAAAUGAGAUCGAGAGAGAAAGAGCGAUAGGAUCGUAGUGUGUGAGAGAAAAAGAGAGAAAAUAAAAUAUUAUGUUAUUUUUUUUAUUAGGUUAGGUUCGAGCGCGACGCGUGUGUGAGUUAAUGUUAAGCUAUUGAUGAGAAAGAACAAAUAAGAAAAACCAAGAAUCGUAAAGAGAAGAGUGUUACGUAGAAGAUAGAUGUAAACAAAAGAGUAAUUUAUAGCUAGCGAAAAAAGUGUAAAUAUACCUACUACCUAAAAGUAAA